AAUAAUUGUAGGUAAAAUACUUACCUCAAUCCACACAGUUUUUUGAACCAUAUUUUUUCCACACAGAUUAAAUUGGUAAAAGACCAGAACACAGAUCGCUCUCGCGCUUUCCCUCAAUAAAUCAUUUUUCUUACCAUGAAGAUUAUAGAUUUUUUCCUGAUCUCAUCACUUCUCUUCUCAAUCUCUAGGGCUGAAUCUAUUGCAUCAGUUUUCUUCAUCGACAGUUCUACUCAUCAAUUCCUUCGCGCUCCAUCCUCUAACGAUGUCUCUCAGUCAGAGCCAAUGUUGUCACCUGAAGUUGGUGCGACUGCAUCAGUCUUGCUUGGUUUUCCACCACCCAUUACACUUUCAGCUGCUGGCUCAUCUAAGCUGAAUGAGGUUCUCAUUUCUAAUCCGUUUGAUAGACCUCGUGCUGUUUUUAUGCUUGAAGUUAGUGGAGUUGAUGAUCCUCUUGUUGUUGGACCCAAGAAUGCUCUCUUCCACAAAGCCUUGAAGUGUAGUGUUGGUCUUGGUUCAAGUAAAGUGGACAUUCAACUUCCAGAUGAAGAGCAAGUAUCUGUUAUUUCCUUGGACGAGCCUCUAAGAGAUUAUCCUGAAGAAGAGAUCAAUGACUUUGCAUCUUGGUUGGGUGGAUCAUAUGUACCCGAUGCUACUAAGCCACUGCAUGGAAUAUUGGCAAUUCCCUUGGAAAAUGGUGACAAUGUGAACCUUCAUAUGUCAAAGAAAGUACACAGGGAAUUUGCAUCAAAACUGUUUGCUCUGUCCCACAAUAUAAGGAAAGCAAUGCAAAUGCAUGAAGAUCUGUCACAGGCUUUGCAUAGACCUGCUGAGUUGAUAGUGGGUUCUUUUGAUGGGAUUAAGGCUUUGCAAGAGCAGCAGGAUGCUGAUGGUUUUGAUAAGCUAGGAAUGAGGCUUCUGCUUGCCACACUUCCAAAGAUAUUUGAUUCACUGCAGACAGCAUAUGAAGGUCAAAUUGUUGGAGUUUUUGUCUUUAAUGGGACAUAUCAGCCAGGAUCAAAACCAUUGAUAAAUGUGAUGUUUACCUCUCGUCCAUCUCCACGUUGGUUGGCAGAAACAAAAAUUCCAACUAAUACCACCCUUGCUGCACAAGUUUUGGUUCGAAGAACCCUUGCAUGGAUAACUGGAGUUGUUCUUCUCAUCGCCACUCUCCUGGGGGUUUACUUCCUUCUCAAUAUGCCACUGACAAGGGACACACUUUUGUACUCUAAUGUCAAGCUCGACUAAGCUGAAAUAAGACAGUUUCGCAGCAGCCUGGUUGAUCCAGCGAACAAAAUGUCGGUUUUUUUAAGGAAUUAGUAGCAGCAUCAAGCAUAAGAUUUGGCUAUUUUCGGGUGUUAUAUGGCUAAGAGACUGCAGAUGAGACAGGAAGAUUGAGCCUCAUGAUGAUUGUAUCUAUAUGCUUUUCAAGGUUGGCUUGUGUUUAACCAUUUGACUUUAUGUAGAUUUCUUUUUUGCCCUUUUGUAUUCAAUUCUUAAAUGUUUGUUUUUGGGAAAUAUUAUUUUCAGAAAUUCCGAAUAAAGAAAAAAAUAAUGUAGCGUUGAAAAUUAAA